AAUUCAUGCAUGGCGUGUAAGUUCUCUCUCUCUUUCUUGGAGUUGUCGUUUUUUUUUCUUUUAAAUCUCAAUACAGAUUUAGAUCGAUUUGUCAUGCUAAAACUAGCGGAUCUAAUUAUCGUCAAUCUACCAUGUGAUACGAAAAAUGAAUCGCCGCCAGCAUUCUGGCAUGAGUUUAUCCAUGCCGGAAUCCUUGUCCGCCACGUAGGGGAUAAACAUUCCAGAGUUAUGAGUAUGAUAGAGGAUAUUGUUUUGUUUGGAAGGGUAAAUCGUGACGACUAUGGUAGUGGUCCUAGUGGAACACCAAAACAUUUGAUAGUAGUUUCAAAAAGCAUCCCAGAAGACCCGUUGUUGGUCAGGGCUCUUGAAGCUAUGAAAGUGAAAGGUUACAAUAUUCUUUUGGCACAGCAUGAUGAGCAUGAUGACUACGACGUAGCACUUGCUAUUGCAAGCGAUGUAUGGCUCUGGGAAACCCUAUUUGAUGGAGGAGAGCCUCUUGGCCCAUAUGUAACUGAUACUGAUAGUGAAGAGGAAAGCUGAUCAUAUGAUGCGAAACGUUCCAAGACUGAUGCUGAUUCUAAUGACAUGUGUAGCUAGCAGAAGGUCACAAGUACUGUAAUUGUUUUCUGUUAAAAAGGCUUUGGGUUUGUGUAUAAAAACAUGAUUUGUUGUUUGUUUGUUUCAUCUUUCUUCUCUAAAUAAAACCUCCAAAUUAUU